CACCACGCGGCGGGAACUGCCGUCACCUGCGCGCACCGCCGCUUCCGGUCCGCGGGAGAGGCGUCCUCGCGCCGGUGGCGGGCUCGGGGCAGGUGUUGGCGCGCAGUGCCCUGCAGUUUCUGGCAAGUCUGCCCCCUCCUUCCGGGACCAUGGCCACGGACUCGUGGGCGCUGGCGGUGGACGAGCAGGAAGCGGCUGUCAAGUCGAUGAGCAGUUUGCAGAUCAAGGAAGAGAAAGUCAAAGCAGAUACUAAUGGUGUUGUCAAAACCAGUACCACUACUGAGAAAACAGAUGAAGAAGAGAAAGAGGACCGAGCUGCCCAGUCCUUACUCAACAAGCUGAUCAGAAGCAACCUUGUUGACAACACAAACCAAGUGGAAGUCCUGCAGCGGGAUCCAAACUCCCCCCUCUACUCAGUGAAGUCUUUUGAAGAGCUUCGGCUAAAACCACAGCUUCUCCAGGGAGUCUAUGCCAUGGGCUUCAAUCGACCAUCCAAGAUACAGGAGAAUGCGUUACCCAUGAUGCUUGCUGAACCCCCACAGAACCUGAUUGCCCAGUCUCAGUCUGGCACUGGCAAAACAGCUGCCUUCGUCCUGGCCAUGCUAAGCCGAGUGGAAACGGCAGAGAGAUUCCCCCAGUGUUUGUGCCUCUCCCCAACUUAUGAGCUGGCACUUCAAACAGGAAAAGUGAUCGAGCAGAUGGGCAAAUUUCAUCCAGAGCUGAAGCUUGCUUAUGCCGUGCGAGGCAAUAAACUGGAAAGGGGUCAAAAGAUCAGUGAGCAGAUUGUCAUCGGCACCCCUGGGACCGUGCUGGACUGGUGCUCCAAGCUCAAGUUCAUCGACCCCAAGAAGAUCAAGGUGUUUGUUCUGGAUGAGGCCGACGUGAUGAUAGCUACUCAGGGCCACCAGGAUCAGAGCAUCCGCAUCCAGAGGAUGCUGCCCAGGAACUGCCAGAUGCUGCUAUUCUCUGCCACCUUUGAAGACUCUGUGUGGAAGUUUGCCCAGAAAGUGGUCCCGGACCCAAACGUUAUCAAACUGAAGCGUGAGGAGGAGACCCUGGACACCAUCAAGCAGUACUAUGUCCUGUGCAAUAGCAGAGACGAGAAGUUCCAGGCCUUGUGCAACCUCUACGGGGCCAUCACGAUUGCUCAAGCCAUGAUCUUCUGCCAUACCCGCAAAACGGCUAGCUGGCUGGCAGCGGAGCUCUCAAAAGAAGGCCACCAGGUGGCUCUGCUGAGUGGUGAAAUGAUGGUGGAGCAGAGGGCUGCAGUGAUUGAGCGCUUCCGAGAGGGCAAAGAGAAGGUUCUGGUGACCACCAAUGUGUGUGCCCGCGGCAUCGACGUGGAACAAGUCUCUGUCGUCAUCAACUUUGAUCUUCCCGUGGACAAGGACGGGAACCCGGACAACGAGACCUACCUGCACCGGAUCGGACGCACCGGCCGCUUUGGCAAGAGGGGCCUGGCCGUGAACAUGGUGGACAGCAAGCACAGCAUGAACAUCCUGAACCGGAUCCAGGAGCAUUUUAAUAAGAAGAUAGAAAGAUUGGACACAGAUGAUUUGGACGAGAUUGAGAAAAUAGCCAACUGAGAAGCUCCACCAGUCACUGGUGCCCGCCCUGGCGCUGCCCCUCUCUGCAAGACAGGUGCUUUCUCAGCACAGGCCUGGACAGUCACCACGACGACAAAGGCACGAGAGAAAACUACCUACCUCAUUUCAAAUUACGUUUGGACUUGACCAAAAUUUGUGCAAAUAAUGGGGGAAAAUAGGAAAAUUCUACAUUUUGGAAAAUUUAGUCCUUCCCACCCCCCUUUUUAAAGCCAUGGUUUCCCCCAUCUUUAUGGUAAUCUGGUUGCUGUUGGUAAUCGCUGGCCCCAGGACUCCUUGCCUGUUUUCUGGCUUGGGGUGUUAGGAGCAGCCUCCAGCCCCUGAGGAAAUGCUAGAGGUAGAGGUCGUACAAGGAGGCUGGGCAGGACAGGGUGUGUCCCCACUGCCAUGGGUGGAGCAGGUGGUGGCAGCAGAGUCCUGGGACCUGCCCCCUCCCUUGGCCCUUUCCUGGACCCAUCAUGAGCAAUUCUCCUGCCCUUGAGGCUGGCCUCCUCCUCCUCCUCUUGAAAUCUAGAAACGUUCCACCUCGCGCCUUUACCUCUGUGCUCUGUUGCAGAAGAUAUCCAUUUCUCCCCGAGGAGCAUCUCAGCUACUUUUGUAACUUCAGAUUUGGGGAGAACUGUAGAAGUCAGUGGAUCUCAGCCCCUUUGAGAGAUCGGUCCAGCCAGGGUAGAUGAAUCCUUCACGGAUCUGGCCUGCCUUCUCCUGUCAGUUGCCCCGUGUGUUUAUUCUUGGCAGCCAGGAGACACCCGGUGAUUGUCUGAACACACAUCUGGCCGAGUUAGUUGGUUCUUACCCAUGGGGUGUCACACUGUGCCUAGAGCCAAGCAGCAGUUUGGAAAGGAAAUUAUGACCAAGUGAAAACUCUAUGCUGUUCAUCCAUAACAGGGGACUCAAUGGGUCACUUUAAUUCAUACGUUGUAUGAAUGAGGAUAGAAAAUUGUAACUAUACGCACCACUCAUUAUGCUAAGACAUUUUAAAGUAAUUAUGAGAAAUGCUUUACUAAUCAUGAUUUUUGUUUUUCUGCUUACUAGACUAAUAUAUACUCAUUUUAAAAAAUGUGUGUGUAUCUAUAAUAAAAUGAGAAUGCCCUCUGCCCCCACCUCUCUCGGGUCACCAUUGCUGGCAACUUGGUGAACAUUCCAUCAUAUUGUGUUCUAUUGGCCAUAAACCAACCAAGUUUUCUUUUACAAAAAUGUGAAUGUUCUAUUCACACUAUUGUGCAGCCUGCUUUUUCACUGAUCACCGUGUCCUGGACAUGUUGACAUGUCCAUGUUUAUUUCCCGGCCUGGAGAUUUCCAGCCUGUGGCUACUGCCCACAGUGCCACACUGAACAUCCUUGUUCUUACCUUUGAGCACUGGUGAGAAAUAGUCCCGGAAGUAGACUUGUUGGGUCAAAGAGUGGGGACAUUUAAAAUUUUACUACAAUGCCAAUUAAGCGUGCCAAAAACUUUUUAUCGGUUUACUUUAUUGUGAUACAAAAAUAUCUAUUACCUGCUUGCCAAUACUCUGUAUUAUCAAUUUUUAAAAUUUUGUCAGCCUGACUAGCAAAAACAGAUGAUGCCAUUGCUUUUUUUUUUUUUUUUUAAGUGAGGCUUGGCAAAUGUUCCUUUUAUUGGCUAUUUGUAUUUUCUUUGUUGGGAACCUGCCCAUUCUUGUCUCACCAUUUUGUUAUUAGAUUGUUAGGCCUUGCUGAUUUUAGCAACCUUUGUACAUUAGGGAAAUUAGACUUUGUCUUGUGUAGGAGCAGCUUUUCUAGUUUUCUUUACAAACUCAUUUUAAUGCUACCCAAAAUUUUGAUUUUUGGUUUAAUUGUUAGGUUUUAAUAAAUCUGGAUUUCAUGUCA